GCGGGGGGGGGGGGGGCUGAUCCUGACAUUUUGACAAUCCAUUCAGCACCUCAGAAGGUAGAACCGUGACCUUGCUGACCAACUCUGUGGCUAUUAUCUAGACACUUUGAGGAGCUCUUUAACACACUAGAUAGGCCCACUAAUCAGGAGUCAGUGUUGGAAACCUCUGGUGGGUCAGAGUCCAUCACUGCAGUUUAAGUCACUAUGGUGGCCAGAGGCUGCCGUAAUGGAAAGUUUGCAGGGGUAGAUAAAAUCCAUUAAGGGAUGAUGAAAGCAAUGGGUGUUGUUGAGUUGACGUGGUUGGCGUGCCUCUCAUUGUUGCAGGAAGGAGAUGAAGUACCUCUGGACUGAGAAGCCAGGGAGGUUGGCUUUAUUUUUACAAAGGAGAACCAGCAGGGAGUACAGAGAGGUGGGGGUCGGUGGUGCCUGAGCACCUGGCCCUUUUGCACAAAUGAUUGGAAGUGCCCACCUUCUCAGUCCUGAAUGCCCUUUCCCUCCAAAUGUCUCUGUUCAGCUCUGGGAUCCAGAAGAUGAGUUUCAGCUAGAAUGAGAUUAGCACUGCAAAAUCCAAAGAUGAUACUCCCUGGGAAAAGAGUGAACUGCUCUGUUCAGGCAAGGAGGGAGAGCAAAGCAGUUUUAGUGCCUUGAGAUCUUGUUCGUAAGUGUUGGCAAAGGGAAAUGCAAGGUCGACAAGCAGUUCGAUUGAGUGACUCCAGUUCUGUGGACACCUGUGUGGAAGUCCUAACACGAGUCACCAGUCAGUCUUUGCCCGUAUCCUCACCUAUGGUCAAGAGCUGUGGGUAAUGACUGAAAGAACCAGGUCACAAGUAGAAAGAGCCAAAAGCAGGUUUCUCUGCAGGGUUGCUGGACUGACUCUCCGUGACACGGUGAGGAGAUCAGAGAACCGCAGAGACCACGAAAUAGAGCAGCUGCUCCUUCGGAUCAAGAUUAGCUAGCUGAGUUGGUUGGCUAUCUUAUAAAGACGCCAUCUGGAUGCUUCCCAAGGGAGAUACGGAAGGCAUGCCCCACUGGGCAGAGGACCUGGGGAAGAUGCAGGACAGACUAGCUUAGGAACAUCUAAGGAAUCAACACAAUGAACUAGAGACAUCUGGAUUGAGCUGCUUGACAUGCUGCCACUGUGACCCUUACCAGGAAAAGCAGUGACAAAAUGCUGACGAUGGUCACAAACUGGGACAGUGCGAGCAAACAGAACUUCACCUGCCUGCCAUCUCAGCCGCAGUGAGGUCGCCCUAUCGCUGCCUUUCGGUGCAGUUUAUGCAGUAAAUCCAUGUACGAUUAUUCGCCAAGAAUGAUGAAUAAAGGAAACUCAUGUGGUUAAAAAGCAUUGCUGUUUGCUCUGUCCUGCAUUUGUUCAGUCUGAGUUGCCCUUGUCUUUCAGCAGGGUCUGAGUCUGAUAGCGGUGCUGCGUGUUAUAUUCUGUCAGCACUAUAGUGCCUCCCCAGUUAAAAUAGCACAGCCUUUUAUGGUUUUUAAGUGUGGAAUGCAAGACUUUUCAAAUCAAUGCCUCCAUAUUUCAAAAUCAACUUGAUUGUGAGUCUUUCAUGAACGAACCGCAAACUCCAUGAUUCGCACUGAGUCGUUCAGUUUGUUUUCUUACUUCGGUGUGUUCAGUGAGAGAGUCAUCGUCCAGUUAGUUCAAUGACUGAUUGUUCAUUUUGUUCAGUGAGUGAUUCAUCGUCCAGUUUGUUCAAUGACUGAACAAGAUUAUGAUAUUCUCUGAGAUAUACUUUCUUUCACUUCCCUUUUUUGCAAUGAUAUGCGUAUACAGACAUCUGAAAGAGUCAGUUAAUACAAUUUAAUAAAAAAUAAUAUCUAAUAAUAUAUAAAAUAGAGGGGCGGCAUGGUGGUGCAGUGGUUAGCACUGUUGCUUCCCACCUCUGGGACCCGGGUUCGAGUCUCUGCCUGGGUUACAUGUGUGUGGAGUUUGCAUGUUCUCCCCAUGUCGUUGUGGGGUUUCCUCCGGGUACUCCAGUUUCCCCCCACAGUCCAAAAACAUGCUGAGGCUAAUUGGACUUGCUAAAUUGCCCAUAGGUGUGCAUGAGCGAGUAACUGAUGUGUGAGUGUGCCCUGCGAUGGGCUGGCCCCCCAUCCUGGGUUGUUCCCUGCCUCAUGCCCAUUGCUUCCGGGAUAGACUCCGGACCCCCCGCGACCCAGUAGGAUAAGCGGUUUGGAAAAUAGAUGGAUAAAUAUAAUACAUAUAUAUUUGUGUAUGUAUAUAUACACAACAUAUGUAGUAUUUGUCUAAAGUAAUCCAAUUAAUGAAUGAGGCUGAAUGAACCCAAAAGGACUGAUAAAUUUGUACCUGUGGUUUAUUGAUAUGGUAGUCAUAAAUUUAAUUGUAAUUUGUAUUCCUUCAGUACUACAGGCCUACUAUACAAUUCUGGGUUAGUGAUUGCACUUAGAUGGCGCAAAAAAUCAUUGACUCCAAAUGUUAUUGCUGGACAUAAAAUAUUGGGUUCCGAGUUUUUCCUCAGCGUAGUGCUUUAUACGCGAUAUACAGACUUACAGCGAUCGGCAGACAUUGCUUUUAACAAAGCAUGCUGACAAUGCAUUCAAGUAGUACAGAGAAAGUAUAAAUUGUAAAACCAUGGGAAAUGUAACACGAUUCUUGUGCUAUUAGCAUUUACUUACUAGUGUGACCUUGCAUGAGAAGUUCCUGUGCUUUGUUCUGGUACGGAAGAUGAUCGACAGACUAACCAUUAUCAUUACUAUUAAUAUUGCAUAUGAUGACUGGAGGGACUGUGAAUGUUCCUGAUACCAUUAACUAUUGAUUAUAUACCUUGUAGCUCUAAAAGUCGAUUACAAUUAGCCGUCAACAUUAGCAAGCAAAAGUUUUGAAAACCCUCGGUGUUGUCAGUAAGCGACAAGCAAAACUUCUGCAAAAAAUAUAACAAAGUCGUGCAGAAUUAUGAGUAUUUGCCAUUAAAGAAUAGCCCUCCGGUUUUCUUUGAAUUCCUUGUUAUCAGAGCACGGUUAUAUCACAAAACUGAAAGUUUUCCAAAUGAAUUAUUAAUUGAUAAGGGAUACAACAUCUAUGCAAUGAUUCCCCUCCAAAAUACCGUUAAAAGAUCAAAUGCAGGCUCGUUCUGCAGGCAACAGUCUUCUUCAUGAUUUGUAAUUUUGCAAAAUCUGAUUAAGGUCAACAUAAAUUCCACCCUGCUCUGAGAGGGUACAGGAAAUAAAAAUUAAUUUCCAAAAGGCCUAUCCUUUGUAUGAGGGAGCCUUUUGUUUUGCUGCAUGGUGGUUGAAUGUGGUUGAAUGUGUCGGGGUGAAGGUACAUUGUUCCAAGGAGCAUCAGCAAUGUAGCAGCAGAUUUUUGCAAAUUUACAAUUUUGUUACAGAAAAAAAUGGUAUAGUGGUUUAGUGGUUAGCACUGAAAUCUGUUUUGUGUGGACUUUGCACAUUCUCCCUGUAUUUUGCAUGUUCUCUAUGUAUUUUGCCUAUUCUCCCAGUAUUUUCAACGUUAUCCCAGUAUUUUUCAAAUUCUCCCUGUAUUUUUCACAUUCUCCCUGCAUUCUGCACGUUUUCCCUGUAUUUUUCACAUUCUCCCUGCAUUCUGCACGUUAUCCCUGUAUUUUUCACAUUCUCCCUGUAUUUUGCACAUUCUCCCUGCAUUCUGCAUGUUAUCCCUGUAUUUUUCACAUUCUCCCUGCAUUCUGCACGUUAUCCCUAUAUUUUUCACAUUCUCUCUGCAUUCUGCAAGUUAUCCCUGUAUUUUUCACAUUCUCCCUGUAUUUUGCAUGUUCUCUAUGUAUUUUGCCUAUUCUCCCUGUAUUUUCAACGUUAUCCCAGUAUUUUCAAAUUAUCCCUGUAUUUUUCACAUUCUCCCUGCAUUCUGCACGUUAUCCCUGUAUUUUUCACAUUCUCCCUGCAUUCUGCACGUUAUCCCUGUAUUUUUCACAUUCUCCCUGCAUUCUACACAUUAUCCCUGUAUUUUUCACAUUCUCCCUGUAUUUUGCACAUUCUCCCUGCAUUCUGCACGUUAUCCCUGUAUUUUUCAUUCUCCCUGUAUUUUGCACAUUCUCCCUGCAUUCUGCACGUUAUCCCUGUGUUUUUCAUUCUCCCUGCAUUCUGCACGUUAUCCCUGUAUUUUCCACAUUCUCCCUGUAUUUUGCACGUUAUCCCUGUAUCUUUCACAUUUUCCAUGUAUUUUUCACAUUCUCCCUGUAUUUUGCACAUUCUCCCUGUAUUCUGCACGUUAUCCCUGUAUCUUUCACAUUCUCCCUGUAUUCUGCACGUUAUCCCUGUAUUUUUCACAUUCUCCCUGUAUUUUGCACAUUCUCCCUGCAUUCUGCAUGUUCUCUCCGUAUUUUGUAGGCAUCUUUUGGAUCCUCCUACAGUCUAGUAACUCAUGGUUAGAUGAACAGGUGUCCCAAAAUUUCCAGCAGUGUGAUUUCCUGCCACAGACUGGCACCCCGUCCAGGGUGUCCCUGGCCAUGUGCCCUGUGUUUCCUAGGACAAGUUACAGGGACACUGUCACACUCAGGGGCUCAGCUAGAAAGUCUGGGCCCCCCCGACAAAAUGUCACCUUGGGCCCCACCUGCCAAAUAAAACUUAUAGUUUUUUGUAUUCAAUGGGCCCUGUAAAGUGCCGAGCCCCCGGAAUUAGCCAUGGUACCCAUGCACCUCGUGGUUAUGGAUCAUUGGGUUUACAAAAUGUAUAAGAUAACUUACCUUAAGGUGGGUGACUGUGCUGUUAUAAGGGAACUUUCUGGUGGAAAUGAGUAAACAUCACCCUGGCUAUAGAUUGUAAUGCUCAUUCUGUGCUGGUUGGAUUCCCUGGAAAAUCCAGUUGGUCACGGCCUUUUGUGAGCUAGUGUCGGGUGUAUUCCAUGUCCCGACCUGGGAAAUACUCCGGCCUUAUAGGAUUUGCUACUGCGUCCUGGGAAUCGCAUCUGUUUAUUUCGCUUUUUCGCAACGACUCAUGGAAUUCGCUUUCGCUUUGGUGCGACGACCCGGAGACGUCCAGCAAGAACAUGCAUUCAGAUCAAAUUCACAAAGUCGUAAACCCAGAGAUGACAGCUGGGAGUUUCACCUGGAAGACAGAUGAACUUUGAUUUGGUUUCACGGCUAAGAUUGUUCCCCUCGAUACUGAGGGUAGCCCUUUGCCCUAAAAUGGGGCCUUUCCUCGACAGUGUGAAUUUGCCAGGGCAGGACUGGGAGGCAGUGCGACUCUGACGAAUCUGCAGAGGAUUUUCUCGUGUCAAGGAAGGGUUGGCAAGUGUCUCUGUUUAAGCUGCUAGCAGAAUUACAAUAAAUCAAGCACAGGUUACAGGUAUGCAAAUGAAUGGAUUACACAGGGUUUGUACAAUAAUCCCCUUGGAGUUCAGACAGUGACAGCCCACUGUGUGCUACAUAACCCUGCAGGCGUAUUCUGGGAUAUUUCUCACUAGGUUAUUGCAGCACAUAUGUGGUAGAAAGGUUACAUGAAGAACCAGAGUUUUCCAUGAGUUGCGUCACUUUAAAGCUAAUCCCAGCAUUUCAGAGUUUGGUCAGUACCUAUCAUGUCUUUGCCAGCCCAGAAUUUGGUCCAGAGUCUCACUCGUGAUGCUACUGAUUCAGUCGUUCAGUGAUCAGAUAGAGGUCAUUCACUCUAUCUUUUGUUGUUUUCUGAAAUGAGAGCAGCAGCGAUCAGGCUUCCUCAUCAUAUGUUACAGUACUGGGAGUCAAAACUCGCUCAGUCCUCAUGUAAUAUAGCAUAUAACUCCCAUUAAAUUUCCAAAAUGCAUUAAGUCAACAGAAUUUUUCUCAAAGAUGUGUCCUGCGGACUGAGAGUGUUCCGGAAGCAUGCUCUUCGAUUUGUCGCGCCCCCCUGUCUGUUUUCCUUUUCUCCUACCGCAGAGUCACCCAUAUGCUCUUCAAAAAAGAAGAAGGAAAAUAAGCGCUUAAUUGCAGCGUCGGCCACCAGCUAUGAGCUGAAACUGACCACCAGGUGAUGGGGCCUCCCCGGCGGGUGUCACCGUUACCGAGACACGGGACUAGCGGCGAGGGGGAGCCGGAGCUUGCCAUCGGGUCGCGCGCCGUUGAGCUCUGGAAUAAUCUAGAAGGGCGGCAGAUGGCUCAGCGAUGGCGCAGUUUCAAGCUGGACGGCGGGGAUAAUGCCUCAGCCCUCAGCCCUGUCCCCGAGCCCUUCAUGAUCUCUGAUCGUGGCUGGUGGCGAAUGCCUGGGUGUUUUUAUCCUGCCCUGAAGAGCUGUGCUGUUUAUUGCAUGAUCGAAACCCCCUGCAGAUGUUCGCUUACAUGUCAGAGAGCCUGCGUCCGUCCCUCGUGGCGUUGCACUGGGCUAACUUGCCCUGGCAUAACCUGUUUACAUCCACGACAGCUUGUCGUCUGCAUUCACUCCAUCUGCUUUUUUAACAUUACACUUUCACCAUUACUUCUGACCACUUGUCGCAUGUUGCUGUGUGACUGGCUUAUGUAAUUACUGACCAGGCCGUUUAAUUGCUAGCUAAAGGGUGCGGGGGCGGGGGGCGGAUGCGAGCAUGUCAGCGCUGUCCCAGACACCGCAAGGACAUAGACGUUUGGGUGACAACUGGUAGCACUGUGCCCCGCCCCCUUCCUGCCUGAAGCUCAGCGAGGCCACUGGCUGUACAAACUGCGAUUAGACCCCAGAGGACAAGAGCUGUGUGAAAAGCUGGAAUUCAUCAUGGUUGCCAAGCGCUGGAGCAGCAAAGAUCAGAGAUUUUGGCCUGUCAGAAGUGUCACUCUGCAGCACAGUGAACCACCUUUGACUCAC